UUAAUGUACAGAGGAGGUUACUGUAAGAUGACACCUCCCAAAAUUCUUUUUUUCAGAUCAGAAAGUGCAGGCAGCUAGCCAGAGGGUUUGAGGAAGGUUAGGCAACCUAAUUGGUGCAGCAUAAAUACCCAUGGUUUAUGAUGCUAGUGCUUUACUUCUUGCCAUGUUCUAACAACUCAACGGACCCAGCAUUAGCUGGCCAAAGAACACCACCUUCACAGGGACAUCUGGUGGGAAUACAAGAGUUGUGGAAACCCCUCCCCCUGGGAUGCUAGGUUGACCGACUCCCUCUUUUUCAUUCGAUGACAGGUCAUAUCUCCUGACGCUCCUCUGAGCCAACAAUGGACCUGAAGCAAAUGAAAGAUUAUAUCUAUUGGCUGUAUUACCAGUAUCUUCUGGUUACCUGUAGUUAUGUCCUGGAGCCCUGGGAACGAUCCAUGUUCCACACCAUCAUAAUUACUGUGGUGGCAAUGGUGGUCUACACUGCAUAUGUCUUCAUCCCCAUCCAUAUCCGCUUGGCUUUUGAGUUCUUCUCUCAGAUAUUUGGAAGCCAGCCUGAAAGUACUGUGACCCUUAUGAACUGAACCAGGAGGUGCUUGCACCUUGUGCAAAAAUAAUGGUCUUCCUCAGUGUUGUCUCACUCAACUCUGCCUCAUGUUUGCUCUGGAAGCAAUUUGAACCUGUGGGUUCCUGUGGUGUCCACAUAUGGGUUCUCAUUGCACUGACUACUGGCUGAUUAGUUCUCACUGAAAUGCACACAGAACUUUUGUCUUCCAGAAAUGACACAAUCCCACUGAAAUAUACUGCUUUGUUCAACCUCUUUGGAUCAACUGCAUAUAUGUGUGGCACCAAAAGAAACCAUUUGGAUUAAGUGUUGUUUUUUUAAAUCCUAUUUCCUUUAUACGCUGGGGCAAAUGACUAAUUCAGGUUUACAUGCCGUUCACUCCUCUGUUUCUCACAUCUUUGGAAACAAAUUUAGAUAAAUACGUGUACAAAUCUGUAAUCCACUUUCUGAAGGGCUUAAUAGGAAAACUUACAAUUGCUAUAUUUGAAGCCUUCCCUUUUGAAAAAUAAUGUGUUUUUAGGUGAAGAAAAUUCAGUAACUUUUUAUGUUGUCAUCUGUCUGCUUUACUUUCUUCCAUUACCCGCUUCCAGUAUAUAGGCCAAAAUCCUAUUGCCAGUAUAUGCCUGCAUAAAGGAAACGGGGUAAGUUUUGAUGACUCAUUAGUGAGAUACUGGUUGUGUUCCUUAUUGUGCACCCAGCUGGGUGCCCAACCAGCACCUUACUAACGAGCCACAGUUUUCUGUCUGCCUCCUUGUUUGUUUUGGCCAUGGAAGAAUAAGAAAACACCAUGUGGUUGGAUCCAUAGAAGUGUGAGUACAGUCCUUACUCAUUCAAAUUCCACCACCACCGUAACAAUUUGGGUUUGUAUCUCUAUGUGUGUAUCUAGAAUGGCGGAUAUAGUGCAGAAGCCUUUGGGAUCAGUAGUAAAAAUAGGGAGAACUUCUGUGAGUGGAAGAAACUGCCUGUCAUAUAAGAAACCUUUUCGAUUUCAACCACGGUGUUAAGAAAAAGCUCAGACUCCAGCUUCUCUUCUACUUUACUGUUUAAUGGAGGCAAAAAAUGUAUGUGGAGUUUUUAAAAAGAAAAAUUAUUGCAGUGUUCACUCUCUCCCCCCAAGUCCUGGCUUUUUGCAUGUAAAGUAAACAGUACCUGAUUUUUUUAAUGUAUGUAUGGGAUGGUAUUAACCUUCCUAAAUACCCUAUAGGAAGCUGCUCCCUAUUCUGUUAGCUCUUCCCAUGAGGCAAAUAAAUCGUAUGCAUGCACUACAGCAGAAAUUAAACCGCAGUUAUCUACAGAGGCUCUGAAAGCAUUUACAUGGAAGGUUGAAUGCUACAAUUUCCUUUUAUAAAGCAGAAGCAAGACGUCCUUCCUUGAGUUAUUUUUAUUUUUAGAAAUUGUCAAUGCUACACUCUAAAUGAAAUGUGAAUGCCAAAGAGCACGCUUGCAUAUCCUGUAGAUGUACCUCUUUCUGCUCCUGCUGCUACCAGUGAAGAUGGUUUUAAGUGUCAAAUGUAAAUAACACUUGAUUUUUGCACCACAACAUGCAAUAUGAAGAAUUUUAUCUCUUAGGCUUGUUAACUCUGUAUGUCAGCAAAAACAAAACUGGCACAUUGUGCUGUUUCUGAGAAAAAAGAUGUGUCUUGAAGAUUUUAAAAAAUCUGAACAUGUGAGCUGUUUUCCAGAAACAACAAUAAAUUGGAGUUUAUUUUAAAAUGUGUCUGUAUUACUUUCUGUAGAUUCAUGGGAGGAAGAGAAUGGAUUAUCUCCCAUGUA